ACUUUCAAGUGUCAAACAAUGAAUACGUACACAUAUCUUCAGAUUUACUUUAUAUUUCUUCACAUCUGUCACUGCCAAAUAUUUCAACAAAUUCCAGUUGGAAUGGGUAUGGGAAUGGGUAUGGGAAUGCCUAUGGUUAUGUCAAUGCCAAUGCAUAAUCUUGUUGGAAACCCAUUUGAACAAGGAAUGGAAAUUGAAUACUCUCCAAUAACUCAACUUGUUUCAUCAGUUGCUCAUCUUGUUGAAAUGCAUCAAAAAAGUAAAGAAAGAGAAGAAGAUCAUCAAAAUUCCCAUGGUCCAAUGUUUCCGGAAUUCUCACAGCUACAGAGCCAGAUGAGACGUAGGCCAUCGAUCUCAGAAUCUGGAAUUUCAUUGAAUGGACCACGAUUUAAUUUAAUCCCGUACAGUCAAGACGGCCUGGGUUCAUCUGGUUCAUCGACAACGUCUAGAAUUAUUAAUUCAAUAUCUCCUGAUACGAUUCCACCUGUAAUGUGGAGGAUUGGUGAUCUAAUUGGAAAGCAUGAUACAAAUGAAAAAGAGAACUUGUACGAUAUGACUAAGAUCAAAGGAUUCCCUAUUACUAAAAGUCUUGAUAAUGAGAAACUAUUUCGAGAUGAAGAUUUUGCAAAUAAAUCGAAUAAAUCUUGGACAGUCUUGGAAAUUGCUAGAAAAAUGUUGGGUGUUGAUGAAAUACCGACUGCCAACGAAGGAAAUGCAAUAGCUCAGUUGAUUGAAGAACUUCGAAAAAAUAAAGAAAAUUAGUUGAAAUCAUCUAUUCCAGUUUAAACUUGUAAGAAUACAAAAUUCAAUAAAUUAUCUAUCAACUAUAA